GGGGGGGGUCUGUCGAAGAAAUCAAGUCAAUAGAAACUGAAGGGGAAGCAGGCGUUUAGAGCUCCGUGGUGACGUCACUGCUCCACAUUGAGCCAUAGUAGAGAGUCGGCGGAGGUAGACAGAGGAGCGCCGUAGUAAAGUACACACCGACAUGAACUCCUCCACCUAAAACUUCACCCUUGUUGCUGUAAAAAAUCCAGAGGAGCCGCGUUUGCGCGCGCGCACCCCCUCCCGACCGACCGAGCCACCGACGGACGGACGGAACUAGCUCUUUAUUGGCUUUUUUACGGGGAGUUUGCAGGAAGAACGCGGCGUUUGGGGCUUGUUUCUCGCAGGGCUUGACGAUGUCGUCCGCAGCGGUCGCUGCGUCUUCCAGGAGGCAGUCGUGUUAUUUAUGCGACCUGCCGCGCAUGCCCUGGGCCAUGCUGUGGGAUUUCUCCGAGCCCGUUUGCCGCGGAUGUGUCAACUAUGAAGGAGCGGACCGCAUCGAGAUCGUCAUCGACUCGGCCCGGCACCUCAAGAGGGUCCACGGCUUCCAGGAGGGCCGCUCCCCCGGGCCGGGGAAGAAGGAGAUCCAGGCGAUCAACCACCCCGCGGCGGGAGACCCGGGCUCCCGGCCGCCGCAGCCCCUGGACCGCUACCCCCUGUCCUCCGACCGGCCGCCCCGGCUCGGUCCCGAGUACCAGUCCGGGCGGCAGGCGAACGGCAUCCCGGUGCCCAAUGGAUUUACUAAACCCGACGAGCCGCCGGAGCUGAACCGCCAGAGCCCCAACCCGCGCAGGAACAGCGCCGUGCCCCCCAACCUAGUGCCUUUGGUGAACGGGAGCUUGCCUCCGGUGCACGCCGUCAACGGCAGGGGCCAGAUGGGGCUUCCCGCCGACCUGGGCAAGAGACCCGCGUCGGUGUCCAGCACCGAGCACGACCGGGAGGGCAAGGAGAAGCACAGACCGGACAGCCUGACCCCGGAGAUCAUGGAGAGCCACAAAAGCAGGGCCGAGCAGGACUGGGGGGCCAAGAACAAAACCAUGAGGGAAUUUAUGGGGGGGCUGCACCCCUACGACCCCAGGUUCAAGAAGGACCAUGUGGUCAUGCAACAAAGGGUGACGGGCUAUGAGAGCAGCACGUCUGCAACCAAGUCAGACCGAGGAAAACACCCCCGCAUGAAGAGAAAAGCAUCACCGGAGCCAGAGGGAGAGAGCACCGCCGCCAAGCUGAACGGGGAGGGACAGCAGUGGUUACCUCCACCCGCCGAAGGACUCAAGAUGCCUCCGGUUCCCCCGCCAAGCUUCGUCUCCCCUCCCUCCACGAUAUCUCCCCACUCCCGCACCACCCCACCCGAGGCAGCCCAGAACGGCCAGUCCCCCAUGGCGGCGCUCAUCAUGGCCGCAGACAAUGCAGGCGGGAACAGUUCCCCUAAAGACGGCAACCAGGUCCACUCCACCACCCGCAGGAACAGCAGCAGCCCCAUGUCGCCGUCCUCCAUGAACCAGAGGAGGCUGGCGCAGAGGGAGGCGUCGGGGGCGGGCACCCCCCACGUGCCGGGCAUGGACCAGGUGCACCCCCAGAACAUUCCGGACUCCUCGGUACCCGGCAGCAUACCCCUGUGCUGCACGCUGUGCCACGAGCGCUUGGAGGACACGCACUUUGUCCAGUGCCCGUCGGUGCCCUCGCACAAGUUCUGCUUCCCGUGCUCGAGGGAAAGCAUAAAGCAGCAGGGCGCCACGGGGGAAGUGUACUGUCCCAGUGGGGAGAAGUGCCCCCUGGUUGGCUCGAAUGUACCGUGGGCUUUCAUGCAGGGGGAGAUCGCCACCAUCCUGGCGGGGGACGUCAAAGUAAAAAAGGAGAGGGACCCUUGAUCCUGUCCGUCUUUGGGGCGGGGAGGCAAAAAACACGUAUAAAUAUAUAAAUAUCACCUACAUAACAUUCAAACAGACUAACGGACAUGUACAUAUUGGACCCAAGGGAAGAGUAUACUUCGUAAACAUGGUUGUAUAAUUUUUGAUUUUUGAAUACAUUGUGUUUCUAUAUUUUUGAAGAUAAAGGUAUGUACUCAUCAUUAGAACUACGUUCCUCUUUGUUGAUGUUUAACAAAAUUCUCGAUGUACUUCUAGGUCUGGUGGCAGUUCCUGUUUAACGUAGAAUGUGACUAAUGCUACUCUACGAGCACUUGGCAAAACUAAAAUGCUUUUAGCUGUACUUGUAUGCACUUGUUUAAAAAAAAAUGCCAAAUACAAUUUCUGAUCUUGUAUGAA